AAGCAAACUGUUCCUCAGAUGAGUGAGGAGGAGUUCCAACAUCAGACAAACGCAGUUCUUACUAGUGGCAUUCAAAUGUGGAAUUCCCUCUGGCGGCUGAAAUCAACAGCUUUUACAAAGGAAACCUGGACCAGGAGGAUCUGUAAAGAGCAUUAUCCAGUCCCUGUGUACCGCUUACUGGCCCAGAAUACCAGCCACCUCUUUCAUUUCACAAUUGGUGCUGGCCGGCUGCAUCGCCUGUGUCCACUGAUGUGGAACCAGAGGAUACAGAGGGCUGAAUGUAUUCUUUCACACUAUGACAACGCUGGGAAGCAGAAGGAGCUGUUUGAGCAGCUAUUAUGUUGGAAAUUGUGAUGAUCUGCAGAAACUGCAAAUGGCAACAACGGACAUCUCAACAAGGCUAUCGUUUGACCUGAGCAGUAUCAGAAAUGAGCUUUACCAUAAACAGGUAAAGAAUGGGGCAAAGGAACAUUCCUCGGGAAGGCGCUGCCUUCACUCUUGGUAGCAGCAAUCGCCAAGAAAGGAGCGCCCCCACAGAGACUGGAUGGCCAUUCCUCUGACAAGACUCUCAGCCUGUCCUUUGUGCUGGGUAUAAAGCUGGGCCUGGUUAGUCUCAGAGAUGGAGGCUCCCAACAUGGUCCUCCUCUCAGGAGCCAGACUGCUCUCCGUCACCAACACCUCCUUGCCGCCAUCACCUGCUCCUUAUAAACCAUGUCACUUGAGAAUUAAAUUUAGGAAGGAAGAAAAGGGUUGCUGAGCAGGCUGCCUAGUACUCCAGCACGAUCAUUCCAGAUGCUGUGACCCACUUAAACACAGUUUCUUGUCUGGAUCACCCAUCUCAGGCAGGUUAGCAGGCAGCAAACCCUGCAAAGGUUUAGAGAUACAUCUUAGGGGGAAACAUUUUCUCGGCAAAACUUCCUUACCUGGCAGCCACUAUUUAGAAGGUGGGAUUCUCAGUUUGCCUUCAUAAAGGGACACAAAGACCUUUCUGUCAGUCAUUCUUGAGUAGUGAUAUCAUCAAAAGGUUUGGUCAUGCAUGAGGAGACGGUAUUUGUUUUCUGAAUCACUAAGAUGGCAGGAGAAGACAGUACUGACUUAAGGGCAAACACAUCAAGAAUAAGCAAUGACUGGGAGUCUCGAGAGCAACUACAAUAUUUGUAAAAGACUGAUCUUAAUCCCAAAGACCAGUGGCAACAAAUACAGGCUAACCCUGUUACUGGGAUUAGAUAAAGUCUGUCUUAGUGUGCUUAAAUGACAAUACUGUUUUAAGAAUCCUGACAAAUGGGGGGACAGGAGGGAACAGAAGAACAGAGUACCCAGUGGGAUCCAGCGUUUCUGCCCUACAGACUGGGCUUGGGAGUUGACAGCGUUAAAGACUCAAGGCCUUUCAAACCCACUUUUCCCACCCACACCUGAAGCAGUGUGUUAAAAUAGCACUAGACAAAAGCUCUAUUUCUUAACUGUCCUCAGGCUUCCUGAAUUCAUACCACCGGUGUGGAAUUUUUUAAUAACAAAAGGAAUUCCAAAUACCAUGCUGUGGCUAGCAUAACUCUGGUUGUUUCUUGUAUGGCUUAAUAAAACGUUCAAUGAUACUGAGGAUGGGUGGUUCUGCCCACACCCGUAAGACGUUUCUUGCCCCUGUGAAUGUGAGGACAUCACAAUAUUACCAUGUACCUGUGG